GUGCUAGAUUCUCUUUUCUUUUCUUUUUUUUUCUUUUUUUUUUAAUUCUUUUUCCACUUUCAGUUUUUUGUCACUUUUAUUUUUCCCUUUAUAAUGAGUUUGAUGAACAUGCUCAUUGCUUCAAGCUUGUGUCUUUCACAAAUGAGAAACAGUGGUAACAGGGCAACCCAUAUGUUAGAAAACUGGGUUGCUCAAGGAAAGAAUCAUUUUCAUUCAAAUGCCCUUUAAAGGAAACAACUUUCUUUAUUUUUGCUCUCAUUUCAAUAACCUUUCCAACCCUUUAAUAGCUGUUUGAAACUGUAAUCUUCACUUCAGGACAUGGUAAAUCUGUGUUCUUUAUGAGCAUGGAAGAGGGAGAGAAGGGGAGUUUGUGAAGUGGGGUCUUAUAUUUUGAAGAUUCAGGUGUCGGUGAGUGAGUGAAUAAGUGAAGGUUUUCAAUGGAUACCAAGGGAAGAUUGAUUGCUGGGUCUCAUAACAGGAAUGAGUUUGUUCUUAUCAAUGCUGAUGAAACUGCAAGAGUGACAGCUGUUACAGAAUUAAUUGGACAGAUUUGUCAGAUCUGUGGUGAUGAGUUGGAGGUUACAGUGCAUGGUGAGCCUUUUGUUGCUUGCAAUGAAUGUGCAUUCCCUGUGUGCAGACCUUGCUAUGAAUAUGAGAGAAGAGAGGGGAACCAAGUUUGCCCUCAGUGCAAAACCAGAUACAAGCGCAUCAAAGGUAGUCCUAGAGUUGAGGGUGAUGAAGAAGAGGAUGAUGUUGAUGAUUUGGAAAGUGAGCUUGAUAUUGGAAGCAAUAUUAGGCGAGAUCCUCGUUACAUGUCUGAGGGCACACCAUCAGAGUUCGAUGCAGCUUCUGUGGCUGCUGAUAUCCCUCUCUUGACAUACGGUCAAGAGGAUGUUGGCAUUUCUGCUGAUAAACAUGCUCUCAUUAUUCCUCCAUUCAUGGCUCGUGGGAAACGGGUUCAUCCUAUGCCUUUUCCUGAUUCAUCUGUGCCAGUUCAACCCAGACCAAUGGAUCCUAAAAAAGAUAUAGCAGUUUAUGGAUAUGGAAGUGUUGCAUGGAAGGAACGGAUGGAAGAUUGGAAGAAAAAACAGAGUGAAAAACUUCAGGUGGUUAAACAUGAAGGGGUAAAGGGUAGUGAUGAGAUGGAUGAUCCUGACUUACCAAAAAUGGAUGAAGGAAGACAGCCACUUUGGAGAAAGUUGCCAAUUAGUUCAAGCAGGAUAAAUCCAUACAGAAUUAUAAUAGUACUCCGGAUUGCUAUUCUUUGCCUCUUUUUUCAUUACAGAAUUCUCCAUCCAGUCAAAGAUGCAUAUGCAUUGUGGCUGACAUCAGUAAUAUGUGAAAUCUGGUUUGCUGUAUCAUGGAUUUUGGAUCAGUUUCCCAAAUGGUGCCCAGUUGAGCGAGAAACAUACCUUGAUCGUUUAUCACUACGGUACGAGAAAGAAGGAAAACCAUCUGAAUUAGCUGAUAUAGACAUAUUUGUUAGUACAGUCGAUCCUCUUAAAGAACCCCCACUUAUAACUGCAAACACAGUUCUGUCCAUCCUUGCUGUAGAUUAUCCUGUGGACAAAGUUGCAUGCUAUGUCUCAGAUGAUGGUGCUGCUAUGCUUACAUUUGAAGCCCUUUCAGAAACAUCUGAGUUUGCAAGGAAAUGGGUUCCAUUCUGCAAGAAGUUCAGCAUUGAACCACGGGCUCCUGAAUGGUAUUUUACUCAGAAGGUUGACUAUCUGAAAGAUAAAGUGGAUGCAGCAUUUAUCAGAGAGCGUAGAGCCAUUAAGAGGGAGUAUGAAGAGUUCAAAGUGCGGAUUAAUGCGCUGGUUGCAACGGCACUGAAGGUUCCUGAGGAUGGUUGGACAAUGCAGGAUGGGACUCCAUGGCCUGGGAACAAUGUCAGAGAUCAUCCUGGAAUGAUACAGGUUUUCCUUGGUCAAAAUGGGGUUCGUGAUGUUGAAGGAAAUGAAUUACCUCGUCUUGUCUAUGUGUCUCGUGAGAAAAGACCUGGAUAUGAGCACCACAAAAAAGCUGGAGCUAUGAAUGCCUUGGUGCGAGUCUCAGCAGUAAUCUCAAAUGCUUCUUACCUUCUCAAUGUUGAUUGUGAUCACUACAUAAACAACAGUAAGGCCCUUCGUGAAGCCAUGUGCUUCAUGAUGGAUCCUACAUCAGGGAAAAAAAUAUGCUAUGUACAAUUUCCUCAAAGAUUUGAUGGGAUUGAUCGUCAUGAUAGAUACUCAAAUCGCAAUGUUGUAUUCUUUGAUAUCAAUAUGAAAGGUUUAGAUGGCAUCCAAGGACCAAUAUAUGUGGGAACUGGGUGUGUCUUCAGGAGGCAGGCACUUUAUGGAUUUGAUGCUCCUGUUACUAAGAAACCACCAGGGAAGACCUGUAACUGUUGGCCUAAAUGGUGCUGCCUGUGUUGUGGAUCUAGGAAGAAAAAGAAUAAAGUGAAGUCAAGUAUGAAAAAGAAGAUAAAGAAUAAGGAUGAUACAAAGCAAAUGCAUGCACUAGAAAAUAUUGAAGAGGGAAUUGAAGGAAUGGACAAUGAGAAGUCAUCACUAACGUCUCAACUAAAAUUUGAGAAAAAAUAUGGGCAAUCAGCUGUUUUCAUAACUUCAACACUUAUGGAAGAUGGGGGCAUUCUAAAAGCAGCUACUUCUGCAACACUCUUAAAAGAAGCCAUCCAUGUAAUUAGUUGUGGUUAUGAAGAUAAGACAGAGUGGGGGAAAGAGAUUGGGUGGAUAUAUGGUUCUGUUACAGAAGAUAUUUUAACUGGUUUCAAGAUGCAUUGUCAUGGUUGGAGAUCUGUGUACUGCAUGCCAAAAAGACCUGCUUUUAAGGGUUCAGCUCCUAUAAAUCUCUCAGAUCGUUUGCAUCAAGUUCUUCGGUGGGCGCUUGGAUCGGUUGAGAUCUUUUUCAGUAGGCAUUGCCCUAUAUGGUAUGGUUAUGGUUGUGGCUUGAAAUGGCUGGAACGAUUCUCUUACAUAAACUCAGUUGUUUAUCCUUUGACAUCAAUUCCCUUAAUCGCCUACUGCGCUUUACCAGCUGUUUGUCUGCUCACUGGGAAGUUCAUAGUCCCUGAGAUUAGCAACUAUGCCAGUAUCAUUUUCAUGGCCCUCUUCAUCUCUAUAGCUGCAACUAGCAUCCUGGAAAUGCAGUGGGGAGGUGUUGGUAUACAUGACUGGUGGAGAAAUGAGCAGUUCUGGGUUAUUGGUGGUGCCUCUUCACAUCUGUUUGCUCUCUUUCAAGGUUUGCUUAAGGUUCUUGCAGGAGUUAGCACCAACUUCACUGUCACAUCCAAAGCUGCAGAUGAUGGAGAGUUUGCUGAACUAUACAUCUUCAAGUGGACAUCCUUGUUGAUCCCUCCUAUGACCUUGCUAAUCAUAAACAUAAUUGGAGUUAUUGUUGGUGUUUCAGAUGCUAUAAAUAAUGGAUAUGAUUCAUGGGGUCCUCUAUUUGGUAAGCUAUUUUUUGCCCUUUGGGUCAUUGUCCAUCUUUAUCCAUUCCUCAAAGGAGUUAUGGGAAAACAGGAAGGUGUUCCUACAAUCAUUUUGGUUUGGGCUAUUCUUCUGUCUUCAAUCUUCACUCUUCUAUGGGUGAGAAUCAACCCAUUCUUGUCCAAAAAUGACAUUGUGUUGGAACUUUGUGGAUUGAAUUGUGACUAAGGUACAGAAAGUUGAAGGCUUAAAUGUUUUAUACAGACAAAGUCUGCAAUAUGCAUAAAUUUUUGGUCAAAGACAUCACUGGAUGCAGUGCAGUCUGUAGCGGGUGUUUGUAGAUACAAAGGGCUUUGGUCUGACACAAAAUAUUAGUUUUAAGAGUUUCAUUAUUCUUUUUAUGCACAUGCAUUCUUUGGGCAUAAAACUUGAAUCCA